AAUGAGUCUGUCAGGAUCCAGAGCGGGCGUGCUUGAGCCCAUGUUAUGAAUCCACUACCCAUCUAAACGUCAUCGCUCCCACUUUUUAGUUUUAAGUGUUAUUUUGAACUGCUCUGACUGCACCGUGAUUAAUGUCUUUCGAAAAGAAACCAGCAAGGAACCGCGCAAAAUUCUGUUUUUCAAGGAGUGACGUGAUACAGAAAUAGUUGUUAGUCAAUAGCCGCAAGUGCAAUGAGUAUGUAAUCGAGUGCGGGACAAUUCCAAACAGAACCCACGAUGAGCAUACCCACAAUCCGAACGAUUCCAAUCAUGAAGUCUCUUUAGAAACAACACAUUCUGCGAAUUAUCGCACGAAUGAAUGUCAGGGAAUAGCUUCGUAGUUCAGUACACAUUAGCUAAUAGGAAACAUAGAAGUAGCCGGAGCAAUGCAGAAAACGCAUGGAUUCCUCACAUCGUUACGCUAUCGCCUGUCGCGGGGCCGCAGUAGAGAGCGACUGAAUCGCAAAUCACCAACUGACUUUCCGGGAAAUGAAAGCACCGAUUAUGCCGCCGACUAUAGUUCAGAAAACAGUAGCUCCGUCACGCCCGGGCAGACACCAAAACAUCGGUCGUCUACAAUGAGCAGCUCAGACACAACCAAAAAGGAGGCAUUGACACCGAGCACGGACACUUACGGGAACGAGUUCGAUUCCGGAAACAUGAAUAUCCCUCAAGGAGCCAUCGACUUAUUACACGCGGAAGAACUACAAAGAAAGCGCGAAGCUAGCUUGAGGCAACACGUAUUCUUCCAGCUUCGCAUUCACCUUCGAAAAGGCGUCAACUUGAUAGCGAUGGACAAAAAUGGUUCCAGUGAUCCCUACGUCAAAUUCAAAUUAGGAAGUCAACUUUUAUACAAAUCUCGCACAAUUCAUCGUGAUCUCAACCCCGAGUGGGAUGAAACGUUUACGUUGCAUAUUGAGGAUCCAUUCCAGCCUAUAGUUAUUAAGGUUUUCGAUUAUGAUUGGGGAUUGCAAGAUGAUUUCAUGGGAUCGGCCAAGCUGGAUUUAACCACAUUGGACUUGGAGCGACCCCAAGAUUUGUCAAUUAAACUUGAGGAUCCGUCGAAACCGAAUCGAAAUCUCGGCGAAAUUAAGAUGACGAUCUCGUUAUGGCCACGCACUCAAGAGGAUAAGGAAAUGCAUUUCCAGAGAUCUUCAAAAGUAGGGGAGUCAUCGAAAAGGCUAAAAUCGCAAAUAUGGAGCUCAGUUGUAACUAUUCUUUUAGUGGAAGGAAAAAAUAUGACAAACGAAGCAGAUGGCUCGCCUAUAUAUGAACCAUAUAUUAAAUUUAGGCUAGGAAAUGAAAAAUACAAAAGCAAAACCUCGUACCGUGCCCGAUGGUUGGAGCAGUUUGAUUUCCAUCUCUUCGACGAGGACCAAAUCCUCGAAGUUGGUCUUUGGAGUAAGAAUUCCGUACUGGGACGCUGUACAAUCGACUUGUCCAAGCUUCCACGAGAAACAACGCACGCAAUAUGGCAACAAUUUGAGGAUCACCACGGUGAAGUCUUUAUAAAUUUAACCAUAAGCGGAACAACAGCGUUAGAAACAAUCAGCGACCUAACGGCGUAUCGGGAGAAUCCAAAAGAGCUAGAAGCGAUUAGAUCACGGUAUAAACUCAUUAGGACUGUCCAAAAACUACGCGAUGUUGGUCACCUUACCGUCAAAGUGUACGGGGCAUCCGGUCUUGCUGCGGCUGAUAUUGGUGGGAAGUCUGAUCCCUUUUGUGUUUUAGAAUUGGACAAUGCUCGCUUACAAACUCAAACCGAAUAUAAAACGCUCACUCCGAAUUGGAAUAAGAUUUUUACAUUUAAUAUUAAAGAUAUAACUUCUGCGUUGGAAAUUACCGUUUACGAUGAAGAUCGCGAUCACAAAGUUGAAUUUUUAGGUAAAGUCAUAAUCCCAUUGCUGCGGAUACGGAGCGGCGUGAAGCACUGGUAUGCGCUGAAAGACAAAAAGCUUUUCAAUAGAGCCAAGGGAAACAACCCACAGAUUCUACUCGAAAUGACUGUUGUCUAUAAUCCUAUUCGUGCGGCUGUUCGCGUUUUCCAACCAAAGGAAGAAAGGCUUGUUUACCAAGAACCCAAGUUCAAACGACAAGUCUUCCUUCACAAUGUAAACAGACUGAAGGAUAUGAUUAUGGACAUAAUCAACGUUGGUAGAUACAUAAAUGGUUGCUUAGAAUGGGAAAGCCCCGUGCGGUCAAUCAUCGCACUUUGUAUAUGGGUGUGCUGUUGCCUUUGGGCCGGCCUGGAAAUAAUUCCUGUAGCUAUAGUCCUAGUUAUACUAAAGAAUUGGUUCGUCAGAUGGAUAACAGGAAGUGCUUAUUCAUACUUGGAUGACCACUACGAUGAGGUAUCCGAUGAUGAUGAGGACGAAAACCAAGAAAUCGAACAAAAGAAAAGUAUCAAAGAAAGACUUCAGGCGAUUCAAGAAGUCUCGCAAACCGUUCAAAACACAAUCGGCAAUAUUGCGUCAUUGGCGGAGCGCAUAAAAAACACUCUUAAUUUCACAGUUCCUGGAAUCACUUGGUUGGUGGCGCUACUCACUCUACUCGCUGCGUUUGGUUUACGAUAUCUACCAAUCCGAGGACUGCUGAUAGCAUGGGGUUGUUGGAAAUUCACUAAACGAUUAAUAAGACCUAACGCCAUUCCUAAUAAUGAACUUUUAGAUAUUUUAUCAAGGGUUCCGGACGAUGAUCACAUGAUAAUGUAUCGUGAGCUUCCUCCCUAUAUGGGUAUCGAAACGUCCAAACGAGAUACUCGAAAGAAGUUCAAAAUAACAUAGCUAAACCGAUAAUAAUCUACUGCAUGUCUUCUUCUACUUCGUCUCGUUUUGUCCGCUCGUUGAUAAUACAUCUUUUAAGAAAAGUCGUUUUUAUUAUUACCAUACUUGUUUCGAACACACAAACACCUUUAUGAAUCAAAAAAUAUACAAAGUUUUUUCUCUGCA